CCCAUCAUGGCGGCGCCCUGCGGCUCCUCGCAGCUCCCAGCGGCCGAGCCACCGCUGCGCGUCCCCAAGAUGGAGGUGCUGUCGCCGGGCUCGCCGGGCGCGCUCAGCGACGGCAACCCCAGCCUGUCCGACCCCUCCACGCCCAGCGGCGCCUCGCCCUCCGUCUCCUUCUCGCCCGGCGGCGCCGCCGCCGCCGCCGCGGCCGCCGCCUGCCGCGGCAUGUCCUGGACGCCGGCGGAGACCAACGCGCUGAUCGCCGUGUGGGGCAACGAGCGGCUGGUGGAGGCGCGCUACCAGCAGCUGGAGGGAGCGGGCACCGUGUUCGGCAGCAAGGCGCCCGGGCCCGCCAUGUACGAGCGCGUCUCCCGCGCCCUGGCCGAGCUGGGCUACGAGCGCACCCCGUCCCAGUGCCGGGAGCGCAUCAAGACCCUCCGCAGGUGCUACAGCCGCGUGAAGGAGCACGGCGUUGGCAAGAGGAAAAGCAGCUACACCUUUGAACAGCUGGAGCAGGUGUUUGGGCAGGGAGGAUGGGACUCCCAGCCCUGCCAGCCCGUCCUCAUCAACAGCAGUGGCUUGUACCAGGAGCUGGAGUCAGAUGGCAGCACGAUGGAGGAAUACUCUCAGGAGGACUGGGGAAACCACAGUCAGGAUCUUCACUGCUACCAGACCGGCGAGCAGGAGUUGGAUGAAAUGCCUACCACGAAAAGAACAUUAAAGAUAAAACAGGAGUCUUCAGAAGACACGCAGAAGCGUGACGUCAUGCAGAACAUUAUGCAAAUCUUGGAGUCGGUCCAGUUGAAGUGGGAGCUGUUUCAGAGCUGGACGGACUUCUCCAGGCUCCACCUUUCUAACAAACUGGCCAUUUUUGGCAUUGGGUACAACACCCGCUGGAAGGAGGAUAUCCGUUACCACUACGCAGAGAUCAGCUCCCAGGUGCCCCUGGGCAAGCGGCUCCGGGAGUAUUUCAACUCUGAAAAGCCAGAGGGUCGGGUGAUCAUGACCCGAGUACAGAAAAUGAACUGGAAGAAUGUUUAUUACAAAUUCCUGGAGAUCACCAUCAGCGAAGCCCGAUGCUUGGAGCUGCACAUGGAGAUCGACUGGAUUCCCAUCGCUCACUCCAAACCCACUGGAGGGAACGUGGUGCAGUAUUUAUUACCUGGAGGGAUCCCAAAAAGCCCUGGCCUGUACGCCAUCGGAUAUGAGGAGUGCCACGAGAAGCUCCCCUCCCCUCUGGCCGAGCACCGGGCACCCGACCCCGGCAAUGAGACUCCAGGGGAGCUCGAGGUGCCCUCGCCACAGGCCUCCCUUCGGGUGGAUAUGGAGUCUGCCCGGAUUAUCUACUGUUACCUCGGCAUCGCCGAGGUCCGGACUCUGCAGCAGUGCCUGUUUUUACACUUCCAGGCAAACACCAAAACCUUCAGCAAAGAUUGGGUCGGGAUCAACGCCUUUUUAUCUCAGAACUGCGUCGUAGAGCCCGGUGUCUCCCCCAAAUCCAUCUACAUCAAAUUUGUGGAAGUGGAGAGGGAUUUUCUGUCUGCUGGCUCUUUGGUAGAGUGCCUGGAAAAAGCCAUCGGGUACCCCUUAAAAUUUAACAACUGAGCCUCGUCCUUCAUAAGGAUCAGGGCUUUCCGCCCCAUUUUCCAUCUCACUCGGAUCCUGUCCGUUCCCACCGGGGCACACGGGACUUUUCCUGCUGGGAGGGGCGCGGAGGCUGCCGGGGCGGCUCGGCCGCGGCGCGGCCGCGAGCAGCGCGCGGCACGCGGGACGGCCCUCGGUACAUUCCACGUGGGACACGCUCGGCACGCGGCGCCUUCGUACCGCAACUGAGGGGUUGGGCUUUCCUCUGGUCCACGGUGUCUCACUUGGACGCAUCCGUCUCUGAGUGUUGCUCUGGAUCUGACUCAAUAAGCAAUAGAUAACGGCGAGGGAAACCCCAACUCCCGGCCCGGGGACUGUUUUUCAAAGCCACCCUUAGAUAUCUUGUAUAUAAUUUAGAACUUCACUUUUUUCACCAUUGAGUGUUCUCCUCUCUCCAAACAGUGUUGCCUGCAAAGACUUUGGGUUCCGUGAUGUAUUCCACAUCCUUAGUAGCGUUGCCAUAUCUGCUAUUAUUUUAUUUUAUUUUUAUAACAUUAAAAUAAUUCCUGGCUUUUUUAUUUUUUCUUUAUUUUUCCCUAUUCUUCUCUUUACUGUCUUUUUUUAAUCAUUAUUUUUCUCUUAUUUCUCUCAUU